GCCGUUGGCGACUUGGAAGUACCGGGCUCGCAGCUUUAAAGAAAGGAAACGCGGGCUAGAUGACGAUUAUCGUUGUGUGGCAAGAUACGACCCGAAGGGUGUAAUUUUGUAAAGUGUGCACAACGAUGCACUUUAUCUCAAAUCUUCCCAGGCUUAAUUAAAAGUUCGAAACAAUAACAGAGCUCGAACCUGAAUAUGAUUACAUUAUUUUGGCGCGGCUAUGCACUACCUGCGGGAUAGACCCAGGAAAGAGCGGCUGCUCGACGGCAUGCUCGCAUGGCGCGUCACCUCUUCCUGCUUAUUGACUUGAUUAUAUACCGGGUGUGUCUGUGUGACGGGUGUGUCUGUGAUGACAAUCGCCUGCCGCGCAGUGCGAUUGGCGCGAAGCGCGCUCCGAAGUAUGGCUGCACGCAGCCCAUGGCCAGCGGCAGCAGCCUAGACACCAGCCAGAACAACAUGGUGUCGUCCGCGACGUGCGCCCACAAGUGCCGACGCAACCAAAAGCAGCAGACCGUUGCCCUGGCCGCGACGGUGGUCGGCCCGGCGAUCGGCGUGUUGCUGGUCCCACGCGCUGUCCGGCGGCAGCUGGCCGUGCCGGGAGAGCUACUGCUACGGGUCUCCGCCGCCGCCACGCUGCCGCUGCUCGCCUGCCGGCUGCUGCUGGUACCGCCGUCCGGCCGGCUGCUGGCCGCUGCAGUUGGCCUGCAGCUGUCCGCCAGCAUCAUGGGCCUGCUGCUCGCCAGCUGGGCACCAUCGACAACCGGGUCGGCCGAGCCAAAGGUCGAGCCGCUCGACUGGUUUAGGAAUGCGGUACCCGACAACCUGCUGCAGUCGUUCGUGCUCGAGGCGGGGCAGCGGGAGCCAGGCCGCAACCCGACCUACCAGGCGGAGGUGCGCGGCGACCGCGGCAACUUGCUGGGCGUAGCGUCGGCGUCGGCACUGCUGGGAUGUGCGCUGGCGCGCCAGCGUGGAAACCGGGCAUUGCGCACACUACUGGCCGACACGGGGGACUCGCUGGCGCGGCUUCUCAACGGCCUGCUCGCAUGGGCAUGCCCUCUGGGCGCCCUGUCACUGGCGCUGCGAGUGGCCGACGAGGAGGCGGCGUGGUGGGGGGGCGGUGCCUCUUUGGCCGCGGCGGGCGUGGCGCUGCACGCCUUCCUUGUGGCCGUCCUGGUGGGCGCCACCGCAUCACGCCGCGACCUGCAGCGGUUGCUGGCCGCGCUACCGUGGCCGCUGUGCGUGGCCGCCGUGGCCGGGUCCAGCUGGCACGCGCUGCCUGCCGCCCUGUGCGCGCUGCAGCAGCGCGAGCCCACCACGGCCGCCCUGUUGGUGGUGCACUGCGGCAGCGCGCUGUGCAACAUGCUGCUACUGACUCCCGCCAUGCUCCGGGGCAGGGGAGACGGCCUCCUCCUAGUGGUGGCCGACUCCCUGUUCAGCGUUGGCCGCGGAGACGGACCGCUCAUGUAUCUGGCCGGCCUACCCCCGCUGCCGGGCGCCAUGCAACGGCUGGCCGCUCUGCACGACUUGUUCGGCUCGUGUGGGUGCUGCCUGUUGCUCGAGGCAGUCCAGCAGCCCGAGCGAACCCUCAGCGUCGUCCGUUAGCAGGACUGUUCAACGAGUCACCAGGGGGUCUCUGCUGCCACAGCUUUUAUUUCCUGCCUCCUCAGUCCCGGAUGUCCCUGCGCCAGCAGCACAAAACAGACGUCCGACGCUGCAGCUGUGUCUCAAUCUUCGCGCAAUUAUUCUGCCACGCGCGUCAUUAAAGACGAGAAGCACACAAGUUAAGCAUGAGUGGACAGCAUCACUGUGGACGAGAUUAAAGAAGCACUGACAUAACGUUUUAGACUUUGCAUUUUUUGCGUCAAAGGAAUGUCCUCAAUCUGGAAAGCCUUGAAAAAUAAAGGGAAGCACCAGAGCACGCUUAAAUAAUUUACAAUAACUUUAUUAUAUCCAAACCAGUUUUGAGUUUGUUUCCCAGGUUGUGUGCGCAUCAUGACGCAGGAGGAGUUCACGUGGAAACAGAACAUUGUGGCGUUUUGGCCAUAGAGAUAGUAUCUGACUGACUCUUUAGCACAAGCUGGGCUAAGAAAGUGGCAACCGCAAGGACGCCACCUUGUUGCUACCUGUCAAUCGUAACAUAAUUUUAAACAAUGAUGCAAGAACAAGCACUUAUGCACAGCAUUUACGUAUGGACAAUGUCCAAAGUUCAUUCCACAUAUUUUUGAGAAAGAUCCAAUGGCUAUACAUAAAAUUUUGAUGUAAAAUUUACGGUGCUGCUGCUGGGCCCAUCUCCUGCUCCUAAGUGACCUCUGUCUGCGUCCUGACAUCAUACACACAGCCGAAAUAGACACUGGCUCAUAAAGAAAAUAUUACAGUAACUUAUUUAGGGUGCUCUGAGGCCAGCCAGUA